AUGGAAGUGACUUUUCCCGAACCGAAUAGGGAGAAGUACUAUGCGGUCGCACGUGGUUACGCAGUUGGGGUAUUCACUGACUAUGAGGACACAGAAGACUACCCUCAGCCAUUGCACAAGAAGUUUGAUAACUUGGACGAGGCGGUAUCAUAUUUCAACAAAUAUUUCCGUGGAACUGAAAAAGGAGAGAAUGGCAACCAAGAGAAGGUCAAGCCGACUGAAGUAGCUCUGAAAAAGAGAGAGGAGAAAGGUGUGACAUAUUACGCAGUGGCUAGAGGGCAUACGACAGGAGUGUUCACUUCAUGGGAGGAGUGCAAAAAACAAACAACUGGCUUCAAAGGUGCAAAGUUUAAGAAGUUUGACAAUGAGGAGGAAGCGACUAUGUUUGCUGAAGGGAAAACUCUCAAACAAAUAGAAGAGGCGAAGUCCAAUCGCAAGCGUGAGGCGGCCUCUUCUAGUGGAGCUGACACCCCAGAACCGCAGAAAAAGCAGAAGAAGUGA